CUUCCCAUCCGCCCGCCUUAAAGCCUCGUCGGGCGGCGCCGUGGUGCCAGUAGCGUGGUGUGGGCGGUGGUGCUGCUGCGCUUUCUGGAGGCGGGCGCCAUCGUCUCGCAGAGCAGCGCAGCGCCUGCCCGCGGCGGAGCCCCUCCCUGCCGCCCGAGCUCCUCUCCCGCCCCUCGGGUCGAGGCUGUCACCGCGCCGCUGGAGGAGGCGCCGCCGCCGCCGCGCCUGAGGCCGGGCGCCCGGCGCUGCCAGCAUGUUUGACAGGACGCGGCUGCCCUUCGUUGCACUGGACGUGAUCUGCGUGGUUUUGGCUGGCUUGCCUUUUGCAAUUCUCAAUUCAAGACGUAUUCCCUUCCAGAGAGGAGUUUUCUGUAGUGAUGAAUCCAUCCGGUAUCCAUACAAAGAGGACACAAUUUCUUAUAAGUUAUUAGCGGGAAUAAUUAUUCCUUUCAGUGUAACUGUUAUAAUCCUAGGAGAGACUCUCUCUGUCUUUUAUAAUCAUUUGCACUCAAAUUCAUUUAUCAGAAAUAACUACAUAGCCACUAUUUACAAAGCCAUUGGGACCUUCAUUUUUGGAGCAGCUGCUAGUCAGUCACUGACAGACAUUGCCAAGUACUCCAUAGGUAGACUGCGUCCUCACUUCCUUGCUGUGUGCCAGCCCGACUGGGCAAGAAUCAACUGCAGCCUGGGUUACAUUGAGAACUUCUCUUGUCAAGGAGACAAAGCAAAAAUCAAUGAGGGAAGACUAUCAUUUUACUCUGGCCAUUCUUCAUUCUCCAUGUACUGCAUGCUGUUCCUAGCACUUUACCUUCAGGCCAGAAUGAAAGGAGACUGGGCAAGACUCGUUCGUCCUACCCUGCAGUUUGGUCUUAUUUCUGCAUCCAUCUAUGUUGGUCUCUCACGUGUUUCUGACUACAAGCAUCACUGGAGUGAUGUUCUAACAGGACUCAUUCAGGGAGCAGUGGUAGCUGUGCUCAUUGUUGUGUAUGUGUCUGACUUCUUCAAAGUGAGGGGAUGUACAUUUCAACCAAAAGAAGAUUCCCAUACAACUCUACAUGAGACUCCAACAAAUGGAAACCACUUUGGCAGCAAUCAUCAACCAUGAAGAAUGAGCCACCUCACCUGUCUUGCUCUCUGAAAGAAAACCAAUUUCACAGUUCUAACUAUGUAAUAUAAGUACAUGGCUUUAAGAGACUGCUGCUGCUCUUGGAUGCUCACUUUACCUGUACAUGGUAACAGCUACAACGGUUACUGUAUAGCUAAAAUUUCUGUUGGGUCAAGCUCUCGCUUAGAAGAAAAGCUAUUCAAUUGUAAAUUUUAAUUAAAAACGUGGUAACAGUUAUAUUACAUACACUGCUGUUUGUACAUGCCUUGUUGAAACAACUCUGGUUUAAAUACACACUAUUAAAAGAAGUAAUGACUUGAAA